AUGUUUGAAUCUAACCCAAUCAACGACGAGACGUCAGUCGUCGGCAUAUUGUAUUUCCCUCCAAAUAGAGUUAGCUUCAUUCACAUCAAGCUUAAAUAUUUAAAAGUAUCCUUCAUUAACGAAGCCAAAGAAGAAUUACAAGUUUUGAGGGUUGUAAUGAAAACGGACGGUGUUUCUUCUUCGACGUUUCUUAGGGCGUUUUUCGAUUCGAUGCUGUAACAUGUCGGCGAUUUUGAGGUCGUCAGAACAACGUUCUGUUAACGAAUGAUUAUGCCGAUAUCGUUUGAAAGUUUUGUUUAUGUUUCUCACAAAUAUAUACAACGCAUGUGGAUACGACUAUUAAUGAUAUUGCAGUGCCCAUACGAAUCAUCCGCGAAAUUAUUGUAAUUAUCGCGGUUAUUCCGACAUUUGACGCGUUUACUCAUUUAUUCACCUACAUAUUCUAUGAGACGAGCGAUUUCGAUACGAUAGCCAGGCAUAAUGUCUGCUACCAAGCGUAACUCAACUUCCUCCACAACUACCGCCUCGUCCUCCAAAGUCUGUUGCUUCUGUAACUUAGCAGAGGACAACGAGUUGGAAUAUGGCAAGUUUUAUGAACAGGAUGGCAUCGUCACACAUUAUUACUGCCUGCUCUUGUCUUCUAAUAUGGAACAAAAAGGAAAUGAUGAUGAAGGUAUACUUGGAUUCCUAGCAGAAGAUAUACAUAAGGAACUUCGCAGAGGAAAGAAAUUGAUUUGUUCAUACUGCAAAAGAAUUGGUGCAACUUUAGGUUGUUGCAAUUUAAAGUGUAAACGCAUAUUUCACUUUCCUUGUGGCUUAAAAGCUGGUUCUUUACAUCAGUUUUUUGGAGAAUUUAAAUCAUUUUGUGUAAAUCAUAGACCGAAACAAAAAAUUGAUGAGUAUGUAUUGAAGCAAAUUAGUACAUUAAAUGAUAUAUUAUGUUAUAUAUGUUAUGAUAGAGCAAACCCCAAAGAUCUUAUGGAAACUUUGUGGGCUCCCUGUUGUAAAAAAGAUGCAUGGUUUCACCGUAAAUGUGUUCAGCAACUUGCUUUAAGUGCAGGCUAUUUCUUUAAAUGUCCUCUAUGUAACAAUAAGAAAGAUUUUCAAAAUGCUAUGCUACAACACGGCAUUUUCAUACCGAGCCAGGAUGCCUCAUGGGAAUUGGUGCCAAAUGCAUUCGAAGAAUUAUUGUAUAGACACGAUCAGUGUGACGCUAUAAUAUGUCUUUGUCCAAAGGGAAGGAAACAUACAAGUAGUAACGCUAAAUGGGAAUUGGUGUUAUGUCGGAUUUGCGGCUCACAGGGCAUUCAUAUGGCUUGCGGGAAAUUGAAAUGGGCAAAUCCCAUAUGGGAAUGCGCCGAAUGUACUUCCAUAUUAUGUAAUCCUACAGAUCAUGAAAAUACAAGGUCUGGUGAUAGCUCUGAUAGUUCUAGUUUGAGCAGAGAUUCCGAUACAGAGGAGAGUGAUUCUGACAUUUCUGUGGGCACUGAUUUCCCUGUAUUGUGUUCGUUACCUAGUCCUAGUUCAUCUUCCACCAUGAUAAAUUCAAGCUUUAAAUCACGGCCAGGGCCACGUUCGUUUAAGUUACAACAGCAAUUGAAAGCAAGUAGUGGUAUGCUUGAUUCGUUGAUGGAUAUGUCAUGUGCAUCAGCACCUAUAAGCACUGCUGCUACGAAGAGUACAACGUCAACUGAUAAAGUUAGUAAGGAAAAUAAUGUGCAAAAAAACAAGGUGAACGAUUCUCUGCAAACUAAGAAAGAUCAUUGCGAACGAAAGAAAAAUUUUUCUAGCAACAUUAUGAAAUCUCAACCUGAUUCAAAUAAGAAUAUUAUCAUCACAAUCGAAAGCGACGACGACGAUGAUGUAGAGAUUAUCGCAUUGCAACGCAAAAUAAGUAUCCCGACGGUACAGAUUGCAUGGGCAAACAUGUUUUCUUCGUCAAAACCUGAUAAUUCAAACAACUUGACAGAAAAUUCCACGACCAAGAGUAUAAGUGAAGUCGAUCCGUUAAAAACGGAGGAUACCGUUCAGUCUAAUGCGAAGGAAGUAUCGAAGAAAUGUGAUAGUAUUAAAGAAUCUAAUGUAUCGAUCUCGAAAAGCAAAAUUACUAUUUCGAAGCAACCUGACGUGCCUGCAAUGUUAAAACCUACACAAGUUGCUAUUUCUUCAAAGAACGAUGACUUAAAAAUCUCUCCAGUGAACUCCAGCUCUGUUAUGAAUAUUAAAAUUACUAACGUCACUUCCGUACCACCGGAGAUAUUUGCAAGCGUGCCUGACGUGGGUCUUGACAAAGACGUCACGUGGUUGCAGUCUGACACUGUCGGUAUGUCUUCUGUCGUAGAUAAGUUGGGCAAACCGUUAGACAAGUGGUUUGCUGUUCAGCAAUCUUCACCUACUACGAUGAAGCGCAGUAUGCACGAGGAAGCAAGCAGUGUUGUGGAUAGCAGUUGCAAGAGAAUUAGAGGAGAAAAUUCGGACAAAACGUUCAGGAAUACUGUUCUGUGUGAUACCAGGUGGGAGCAAAGUCAAAGGACCGAAUUUAAAGUCGCACCUAGUACAGAGAUUCGUGAAAUUACCGAAAACACUGCUAAGCGUUUAGCAUCCUCGAGUACAAUUUCUAGUCCGUCCUUGAAUAUCGAUCAAAAGAAUGAUAUAUCUAUGCAAGCUGGCACGUGCACGCCGGACGCGACAUAUGCAGCAAUUGAAUCCAAUCAUCAUACAAAGAAAAGCGAUAGUGUCCCGAAGAUCGCCAUGCAACAUGCUGAGAACGGGCCCGUCAAGUUAUAUACGCCAGUCAUUCAGUCCGGCACACAGAUUUACUAUUCGGUUCCGUCGUCGAGCAUAUUCUAUACUCAAUCGAUAUCGAGUCGUAUGAGUCGAGAAACCGAAAGUACCACCACCACAUCGUAUGCUAUGACGUCGAACGAUGUCGUACGACCGCCAGUUAUACAUAACACCGCUACUAUUAGCAAUCGUCAGUCUGUAGUUAUUCGGCCGAUAAACAUAGAUACAGUUAACACGAACAACAGUCAACAAACUAAAGGAUCAUGUAAUCAGCAAGCUGGACUUCCGAAAGAGAAAACAACCGAUAAUCUUCCUGCAAGCAACGGCACCUCGAGCAAAAUAGUAUGUGACGGGGAUGCAGGCAGGACCAAUCCUGCUGUUACGCCAACCAGAUGUGCCUGUUUCUCUGAGACCGCAAAGACUGCCGGAGCAGCAGACACGCUCGAUACAUCAAAAAUCAUUGGAACAAAAGCCAACCAAAGAAGAAACUCACCGGGAUUCGCAGGAAUCAGAAAAAACUUCAAAAGAUCCUCUGAUGAGAGCGAUACCAUGCAUAUCAUGUCCAUUAUUUCAUGCAUUCGAAGUGUCAGAACCCAGUGCAGUGCCUUCCCCCAAGUCACAAAUAACCAUAACACCUGUCAUCAGCCUCGAUUGAUACCGCAGUAUAUGCGUCUACAUGAUCUUAAGUUUCGCAUUUGCGGAACGGAUGAUAUUCAGAUGACCUUGUACGACACAUUUUCUGUAAAUAUUUCCGUAGAAAAUCCCGCUACGUACAACAAAAUCAAACCAAGCAUAGCUAUGCAGGAGUUGGGAGAACGGCCAUUCAGCUCUCAGACACAAUACGAAGCUUUGUCCAGUCCAGAUCAUGUCAACAAUGAUAUAUUCGCGAAUUGUUUAAUCGAGGAUAGGACUGAGUAUACAGCCGAUGCAAUGGCGGUCGUUAUACAUGACGACGCGAAGGAGAACUUGGACCCGGUAUCGAGAACGGCUCCUAAUACAGUCACCUCGAGUAACAUAAAUCUAAUAAAUGCUAAUGGUGUUGAUGCGACGAACGACACGUGGCAGAAUAGUAGCGAACAUGAUGCACAGACGUGUCUCAUUCGGAGCAAUAUUAACUCAAAUGCGUUAGAUCGAGCGAUAUGUAACACUAUUAUAGAUAAUAAUACAGAAAAGGAUAACGAUCGCAGUCAAAACUCGCGAGUUGAAAAUCGGGAAGGUGUGCAACGUAAACAGUUUGUAUGUAACCCGUCUACGCCUGUUGCGGAGAGCAGUUGGUUAUCUCAUAGGCGUACAAUAUACAGCAUCAACUCUGAUCUGAAUAUUGUUCGUACGAAUAAAAAUGUUGAGAAAAUACUACAAAAUAAUGUCACUGUCAUGACAAACCGGCAUUCCGAUGACUCGCGCACGACAGACAACUCUCCGACGUCACACUUACACAAUUUUUCGUAUGUGCGCACGAACCGUAGGAAAAGCAAGAGCCAACAUUCAGACCAAACGGACGUUGCGAAAUUGCAGACCCAAGAUCAGAAUGUACCAAAUAUCAUAUUCAAUGAGCACAGCAUCUCAAAUAGGCAAAUCGGUGCAUGUAAUUCUAGUCAAUUGAUUCACUGUAUGGCAUCGUGUGAUGACGAGAACAAUUAUGAUUACGACGAUUCCAACGUUAGAGUUAGCAUAGAUUUACACAAGAUACAAAAUUUGAUUGAUUCUAAGCCAGAAUUGUUUUUGAGCGACGAGGAGGAUAAUGACAGUGAAAGCAACAGGCGUCGUCGUAGAUGCAUAAGCCGGCUGCGUGGUGCAAAUGAUUAUACUCAGCUGCAGGCGAAAUUUCACGACACCGAGAAUAAUGAUAACGUGAGACACUCCUCGUUGAGAAAUGACGAUUUACAGAAGCUUAGUCAGACUAGCGUCAUCGAGGCGCGAGGUACUCUUUAUUCAAACGCAAAUAUUUUCAAUCGGUUUCGGAAACGAGAACGCGAAACUAGAUAUUUUGAUAAGCGUAACAGGUAGCACGAGGAAUGCAUAUUACAUAAAAGACAUAAUCGGUGAGAUAGAGAAUAAUGAGCGAGGCUUACUAAAUGACACGAUUUUCAUGCAACAUUCGUUAAGAUAAGGUAUAACAGUGCAGGAUGUUUCGAUAUAAUGAAUAAUUAAUUUUAAAACUAUUAUUUUCUGCUGACUGCUAUCUUCAAAUUGUAACAUAGUUGUUAAAUCGUUGUAUGAACACAUUCUUUUUAUAUGUUACAGUAAAGUCGUUUUCUGUAUUAUAUCGAUGUAAUAAAAAGAUGAUUUU